UGGGGGGGCGGGGGUGUGCGGUGUGCUGUGUUCUUAGACCGUUAACAGAAGCUAACAGUUGUACCGAUAAAAUUUUUUCAUCUUAAGUUUUUAUAAUUAUGUCAGCAAAUAGGGCAUUGGCAGUUUAUUAUUUAUAAAGCUCUAAGAAUAUAUUUGAAGUUGCAGUAGAAUAAUAGCUAGUAACGUAACGUAUAUUUGUAAUAAUAUUGUAAUACGAAUAAAAUACUAGUCAUCCAACAACAUGGCUGACAACGUUCCGGUAAAUAGUGCCAGUGGAAAAGCUGCAGAACCAAAGGAAGGUUCCGAUAAGGAGGAACAGACCUCCAAACCCAAAAUGAAGAUAUUUAUCAAAACCCCCAAGGAGACAGAAUCAUUUCAAGUCGAUGAAAACUGCACAAUACAAAAGUUGAAAGAAAUGAUACAAAACAAGUUUAAUGCAGAAUCGAGUCAGCUGUGCCUAAUUUUUGCUGGAAAAAUUAUGAAAGAUAAUGAAACUUUAACUCAGCUGGGGAUCAAAGAUGGUUUCACAAUUCAUUUGGUAAUAAGAGGUGCUCAAAGGCCUGCCAGUACUGCUACUACAACGGAAAAUACUAAUACCCCACCUGCAGAUCCAUAUGGGGCUUUUUCCAGAUUCAAUAUGCCAAACCUUGGCAACCUAGGAAAUCUUGGGAACCUUGGAAAUCUUGGAAACCUUGGAAAUCUUGGAAAUCUUGGAAACCUUGCGAACCUUGGAAACCUUGGAAAUUUUGGAGGUACAGAUGGCCUAGCGGAUUUUACUCGUAUGAAUAGACUUCCAAGUAUGCAGAGCAUACAGAAUGAAAUCCUUCAAAAUCCAGAAACUUUGCGGAAUAUUCUAGAUAAUCCUGUUGUGCAAGGAUUUCUUAAUGACCCAGAACACAUGAGAAAUUUAAUGACAAGAAGUCCUCAGAUGCAAGAAUUAAUGGAAAGAAAUCCAGAAAUUAGCCAUAUGCUAAAUAACCCCGACCUUUUAAGACAAACAAUGGAAUUGGCUAGGAAUCCAUCUAUGUUACAGGAAUUGAUGAGAACUCAUGAUAGAGCUAUUAGUAAUUUAGAAAGUAUCCCAGGAGGUUAUAAUGCUCUACAAAGAAUGUAUCGUGAUAUUCAGGAACCAAUGUUAUCAGCUACCACAGAACAAUUUAUUAGAAAUCCAUUUACUGGGUUAGUGGAUAACACAUCAACAAGUAAUCCUCAACAAGGUCGUGAAAAUACAGAACCAUUACCCAAUCCAUGGUCACCAUCUCAACCAGCAUCUGGUGGUGGGGGGAACAGAACCACACCUGCUAACAAUGAUACAAAUCCAUUGGGAGGACCUUCAAUGGCAAGUUUUUUUCACAACCUUGCAACUGUCAUGGAAGGCGGUAAUCUAGAUGAUCCUGAAAUGCAAUCUUUCCUUAAUAUGUUUGUAGAAGAUCCUGAGUUUUUAGACUCUAUACUGCCUAGAAAUCCGUACAUUCCUUCUGGAAAUUCACCAUCAGCAGAACAAUUGGGGAACUUGGGGAACUUAUUACAAAAUCCAGAUUUAGUUAAUAUGCCGACAAAUCCUGAAGCUGUAAAUGCCUUUAAUCAGAUUCGAGAGGGCAUGGAACUACUUCGUCAGACAGCACCAAAUUUUUUGAAUGCACUUAAUAUUCCACCAGGAUUUAGACCACCAGCAACAACCACUAACAGCAACAAUAGUACUACCAAUACAACCAGCACUGUUAAUAGCACCACCACUGGAACUACCACAACUACAACUCCAUCUAGUGGACGCACUAAUGUACCAGCUACAACUACAACUGGUACUUCCUCACCAUUUAAUGCAGAGAUAUUUGCUCGUAUGAUGCAAAGCAUGAACCAAGCGCCGCCGGAAGAGAGAUACCAGAAUCAAUUAGAACAACUCAGAGCAAUGGGUUUUAUGAAUAGAGAAGCCAAUUUACAGGCAUUGAUUGCCACAUUUGGAGAUGUAAAUGCUGCUGUAGAGCGAUUACUUGCCCUAGGGCAGCUCUCUAUGAGUUAACCUUGUGAAGAAUAGAUUCCCAAAAAUAUUUUCCCUCUCAUGUUUUAUUUAAUAGUUUAUCCUUGUUUUAAAAUAUAAUUAGAUGGUUUAAUGAAAAAGUAGCCUUGAGAUGCCUUGUUUUAUAUUCCCUAUUUGUUGGGCUGCUAUUGGUUAUAGGGCUUUGUAUUUUUUAUUAUUUAAACAAAAUAAGGUUCACUUUUUAUACAAUUGGAUAAACUGCUUAAUAUAUAAGAAGAAUAGCAUAAUAUUCUGAGAUUUAACAAAGUCAUGUCUUUGUACUCUUUAAAAUACUCUAAAGAAUUAGAAAAUUUUAACUAGGUAUGUAUAUAUAACAUAUUGUUGACCUCUACAAGGUUAUUGCUAUUAUAAAAUGACCUUUUAUGUAAAAUUAACUAGGUAUUUAAAAAGGACAUAUCAAGGCUAUCAUAAUCAACAUUCUAGAAAAGCUCUGACUAGAGAAAAAUCAGUGAUUUUUGACAACCACAAAAACAAUUUGUGACAUUUUAGUUUGACAGAUGUUUCCAAAAUAUAUAAAAAUAGUCUUUUAAUUAACAUUCUUGUUAAUGGUUUUGGAAAAUGUUUAAACGCAAUUUUUGGAAGACAUCUAAAGUUGGCCAGGAUUUUUUUAUAUUUAUAUUUUAUAUUUAUACUACUUUUUGAACAAUAUAGUUUUUCGUAUUUUUAUUUUUUUUUAAAUGCAGGUUUUUCAAGAGUGUUGAUGGUUUUAUGUUAAUACAUAGUUACGACUUAGAAGUUUACAUAUAGACUUUCAAAAAAUACAUUUGAUCACUUUAAUGAUUUCAACAAGCACAUACACAGUGUGGUCUGUUCUAAGAUAUCACAUUAGGAAUGUAUAAAAUUACUAAAAAAUCUCAUUUCUCAAAUUAUGUAUUCCACUGCAUUGGCCCUACGUGAUUUGUAUUGGAUGUUCUUAAAAAGAGUAGCCUGAAUUUAUUAAAACUGCAAUUGAUAUGAUAACUAUCAAUAAUUUAUUGUAUUUGGGAUAAAAAACAUUAUUUGAGGUCAAGUUUCUGCCUUGAAAAAUUUAUUAGUGUUUGACAAGAGUAGUAAGAAAUGGAUGGUAGUAUAAUUUGGAAUAAUAGCUUUAUAUUUUAACAUUAUUUAUUUAUUUAAAUUUUUUUAACAUUUCUAGUUAUUAAUAGCAUAUUUUACAGCUUGUCUACUGAUGAAAGAUCUAAUUACCAGAAUAUUUUUCUUUUUAAUGUGUUAUGUAAGAUAUCUUAGAUGAUGACGCUAUAAUUGAUCAAAAUGUAUCCUAGAUUGACUAAAUAUAAAAUACAUAAACUGUUUUCAACUCAAAUUAAAAAGAUCCUCUUUAAGUUUUUUGAUGAUUUUUGGCAGUAUAGAAUUGACUAUUCCUUCUGAGCUCAGAAGAGGUUGUUGGCAAAUUUAGAUUUCAAUACUCUGCUGCACGCUUUAACUACAUGCAGUCAAAUUAAAAAGCAAUGGAAUUACUUCGCCAAACAUUCUCUAAUCGUAUGAAUGUAUUAAAUAUUGUUAACGUAUUAGAGCUACCAAGCGCCUCCAGUACUACCAUGCUCCUUCAGUACUACUAAGCACCUGACUAUGCUGACUAUCAGAGUCAUAGUUCAACUAAUGGACUCGCUAUUUCAUCUGCUGCUGACCACUGGCUCUCAACCAUUUGCAGUUUUCAAGGUAAGGUUAAUCUUCUUGUUAACAUUCCAGAACUAUAGUCCGUCUCACCUUGACUUUACUGUAUAAGGAACAUAGGCAAUGCAGUCCUUAUGAGAGUUUUUAGCGCGGUGAUGCCGAUUUUAUCAAAAAUAAUUUUUAAUCGAACAUUAGAGAGAUUAAAUUAAAACUGUUUUAGAAGGCAAUCUACAAUUUUAAGAUUCAUAUGUGUUUAAGUUUAUUUUUGAUAUACUAUAGUUAUUACGCAUAUGAAACCUAAAAUUGUAGAUUGCCUUUCUAAAACAGUUUUAAUUUAAUCUCUCUAAUGUUCGAUUACAAAUUCUUUUUGAUAAAAUCGGCAUCACCGCGCUAAAAACUCUCAUAAGGACUGCAUUGCCUAUGUUCCUUAUACUGUAAAGUCAAGGUGAGACGUACUAUAGUGACCAUUAUAGCUUAAAGAAAUAUUACUAGAUUUUCUAGAAGCAUACAUAGUAGUAUACAUAUCAUUGUGUGUAGCCCCAAUAAUAAACGUGAACUUCUUUCAUAAUUUGAAGUUGUAGCUCAAUUUUAAAUAGACUCAUUCCAUUUUCUUGUUUUUUUAUAGUCAUUGUUUCCUUGGCUGUCAAAUGAGUCCUCAAGAGAGAAAUCAGGCCAGUGGGUUUUAUGGAUAGGAAAGUCAAAUUUAUAGGCAAUCAUUAUUAACUUUUGGAGAUUAUGAUUGCUGCCGUAUAGAGUUUAACCAUAUUAAGGCGGAUCUAUGUCAAUAAACUUUCAGAAUAGAUUCACAAAAAUAUUAUUUUGUAUUUAAUAGUUUAAUUCUUGUUUUAAAAUAUAAUUAGAUAAUUUAAAGAAACGUAGCUUUAAAAUGUCUUUUCUAUUUUGAUUAGGCUGUUAGUACCCUACAAAAUUAAUGUUAGUUUUUCUGGAUAAAAUACUUCAAGAGGUUUCAUAAAAAGUCAUCUUGUCCCCUAAAAUACUUGACUCCUCAAAUUUGAAACAGCAAUAUAAGUUGUACAUAUUGAUGACAAGGUUAUAAAUAUAAAUGUCUAUUGUCUGUGUUAGAAAUUAUCUAUUUAGAUAUGCAAUAGUUUUUGCUGAUUUACAUUUUAUUGACAAUAGAAAAAAUUUAAAUAUUUAAAAAGGACAUUUCAAGGCUAUCAUAUAUCAACAUUCUGGAAAAAGCUGUGACUGGUGUAAAUUACAUGUAACAAUUUACUAUUGAGGACGAUAUUGAUAUAUAACUAUUUUCUAUAGACCAUUCAGUGGCCAUUAUAUUUUUAUGAAAAAAUUCUAGUCACAUAAUGUUUUGCUAUUAACGAUUAACCGAAAUAAUCAUUUAAGGCAACGAAACUUUGGUAUUUUGGAGUCAAAAAUAUGAACUAGAAGGUUUGGUGGGAUUUAGUACCAAAUAAAAUAUUACUUGCAAUUUUUCUACCUAAUUUAUAUUUUUAAUACGAAGAUUUUCAAAGAAAUGGUAAAUCGGUAAAUUAUUUUUAUAAUAAAUACUAUAACUGCAUAUACGUGUUGCUAUAAUAAAAGAAUUAUUGGAAAGAUCUGUAUGAAAUUGAAAAGUGGGAGGUCAUCAUCAGUGUUCGAUACUUUGUUUCGUUUAGUUAAUAUUUCAAUUUUCUCCUUCUUAAGAAUUCUAGAAGCCGCUUAUAUAUUCUGAUAAUAUUAGUUGUUCAGUUGAAUUGAAAUGCUUUCUAUAAUAUAAGGAAAGUUAAAAUAAUCACUACCUUGAUAGAAACUUCAAUACUUUAGGUAAAAUCAGCAUAUUUAUUCGAAUAAAUUAUAAAAGGUUGCAUUGAUAACUCGAUUAAAAGAAGUAAUGUCAGUUGAGUAAUGGAAACUUUAAUAUAACUUUAAAAUAUGUUAUGAAACUGUUAAUUCGUUUUAGAUAUUCAUCUUUAAGUAAAAAUUAUACAUGGUCAGAAUAAUUUUUAAAUCAGUAAAUAAUUAAGAAUUUUUAACAGUAAUUUACAUAUUAAAUUUGGUGUAACAAGAAUAUUUAACUGUCGUGUGGAGAAAUAUAGUUUUUUAAAACGAAUUUUUCAUAUUUUCAAUUAUAAUUCUAGAUCUUCUUCUUCUUGUGCCACUCCUAUCGGAGAUUGGAAAUCAUCAAGGCUACCCUGACCUUGUUUACAGCUGACCUAAAAAAUUCAUUAGUGGUGCAGCCAAACCACUCUCUCAAAUUCCGCAACCAUGACAUUCUUCUACUGCCUGGAUUCCGUUUUCCUUCUAUUUUUCCUUGCAUUAUAUUUUGAAGUAAUGCGUAUUUAUGACCUGUCAGCAGGUGAUCCAAAUAUUCGAGUUUUCUUAGUUUUAUCGUUAACAAAAUCUCUGGGUCUUUUCCUAUCCUUCGUAUUACUUCAAGGUUUGUGAUUCUUUCAACCCAAAUUAUCUUCAGCAUUCGACGGUAGGAUCACAUCUCGAAACUCUCAAUUCUAGAUACAUGUUCCUUAUUCUGCUCAACGUUGACAUUUAUUCUUACUAUAGCUUUUUUGUAAAUGCAGAUUAUUUUCAAGAGUGUUGAUUGUUUAUGUUAUUGGUUCAUAGUUAAGGUUACAUAUAGCAGAUAUAUACGCAGUUACUGAAACAUUCCUUUUAUGCUUGUUUAGAGUCUUUUAAAAGUGCAAUUGAUAUGAUAAAUAACUUAUUUAAUGUAUUUUAAUAAAACACUAGGUUACUAUCAGUAUUGGCGUAAAAUUCCGGCCAUGGACUCUAUGUACAUGGCAAAAAUAAGAUUUAGAUUUUGAUAGAAUGUUUGUACAGUAUUUGAAAAUUAUUCUAUUAUGUACAGGUUUUCAAAAAAAGGUAGUGGGUAUAUAAAAGGGAUUACAACAUUAUAGAGUUGUAGAUUUUACAAUAAUUCGUCAAAUUAGUUCACAUAAACAAAAACUUAACUUUAUCCGCCCAUUUAUUACAUUCCAUUUAUCUGCCCUUUUACUAUUUAUAUAGAUGUGUUUCUUCAUAAUUUUCUGGCUCUAUUGUAUAUUUUCACUUCAGGUGAUUCUUACUGUUUUCAUCCUUAGCUUCGAUAUUUUUCCAUGCUUUUGUUGGACUUUUGUUUUUCCCACACCAUUUUUGCUUCCUUAUGUCUAUCUGCAUUUUAAGUCCCAACCACUGUAUUCUUCUUAAUUCAGUUUUUACUAUACUUGUCACCUUCAGGAACUUUCUUAUUACCGCCCUUUCAAUUUUGUCUGUAUGUUUUAUACCCUUCAAUUUCUGAGAAUUUUUAUUUCAUAGGCUUCGCUUUGCCGAGUCAGGUCAAUACUUAUGAAACUAUUAUCAAUAUAUAAAAUUAUUAAUAAAUUAUUAAAUAGCUAUGAUAGUAGUCAUACUGUAAAGUUGAUGUACCUAUAAGUAAUUUCUUUUGACAAACUUAUAUAAAUACUUUCAGCAACCACGAUACUUUUUUUACAAUUAUAUGAUACCUAUUUUUGAUUCCUUCGUACAAAGAAAAUUUAAACUAUUCUUGAUUACUGAUAGAACCUUUGUUUAUUCAUUUUUUGCGUUGUUUGAAUAUAUGGUGAAUCGGUAAUGUGUUGUAUAGUGCAUGUAUAACAGCGAACAACAGUUAAAAUCCCAUCACAUGUUUGUUUAUCUUUUACUGUAAAUAAAAAUAUAUUUGAUAUUGUUUUUAUCAAUAAAUUAUUAAGAAAAGUUCAUAUAAAAAUUAAUAGCUUAACUUAAAAUUAACUAAAAAAAAAUAAGUCAAAUCCUUUAUAAAAGGUAUAUUUAUUAAAAUUCCUUAAAAAGGGCUACAUCACAAACGCAGAACUAGUUUUCGAUCCGAUUACAGAUCAUCAUCAGUGCUGACAAGAUGCUGACAUGCUAACCACUAAAAUGAAAAUAUUUGGGUAAAAACCUUUUAAACUUAAUCAGUCAUGGAAACAUUGACUCUAAUUAAUAAAAUAAACAUGGGUGUAUUAGAUAUCACAUGAAUUAGGCCCUGGGUACCAUCUGACCAUCUAUUGAGUUGUUUACAUGUUGAAUGAUCGUUGGCAACUAAUUAUUGUAACGGAAAUCCGUACCCAGGGUCUAAUUUAUGUGAUAUCUAAUACAUCCAUGUUUAUUUUGUAAUUAUAUUCAAUGUUUCCAUGACUAACUAAGUUUAAAGGGUUUUUACCCAAAUAUUUUCAUUUUGGUGGUUAGCACGUCAGCAUCUUGUCAGCACUGAUUAUGAUCUGUAAUCAGGUCGAAAACUAGUUCUGCUUUUGUGAUGUAGCCUUUUUUAGGGAAUUUUAAUAAAUAUACCUUUUAUAAAGGAUUUUACUUACUUUUUGUAAUAUAUGGUAUACAGCCAGUUACAGGAAAACCUUUUUCCUUGUGGAUUUUUAAAAUUAACUGUUUUUGCUGUCUGCUGCACACCUGAUUCGCAAAUUUAGAGAAAAAACCCAUAUUACUCCCCGUAUUAAUAGUAAAAGUGAAUUACUCAGAAAUGGGAAACAGUUACUAUAGAAUACGGGGAAAUUUUAGACUGGAUUUUUUUUUGACUGAAUGCUUUUGAAUGUUUUUAUUUAUUGUUAUAUCUUAUAUAACAAUACAUAUAUUUGUUUCAUUUAUGUGUAGAUAAAUGUAUUUUCUUCUAUGUUCUUGCAUUUUAUAUUUGAUUCAUUAAAAUUAAAAUCAUACAAAAAAUUAUAUUAUAAAGUUGAAUAUAUCACCCAAUCAGUAAGUCAACAACUGUUCCUAUUGUAAAUUGUAAAAAAAUAAAAAAGUGUUGCAGAUUUAUGUUAAAUUUGAUUUUUGUCGAAAGCUCAAUAUUUCUUUUCUUUCCAAUUCCACUUUAAAUCAUAUUUUUCAUUUUAUAUGCAAAUGUGCACAUUUAUAUUAUUGUCUAUAUUUUUGGGGUUUUUUAAUUACUCGACUUUUUACUGUCGAUUUUUAUUUAAUUUUAGCAUCACAAUAAAAGUAGAUCUCUAAGCUACUAGUUACAACCAAUUGCUCAUAAUGGGGUAUUUUUUCGUUCUCUUCUUUUUCGACUUGGGAACAAGUCUGUAUUUUGUUCUAGUCUAGAUGUCAGCAAAGCUAAAGUAAAUCUUAGUGUUCGUUCUAUUUUCAUUCAAUGUUUUUAUCUAAGCUACUGGCUCUAGUUAAUCUUGCUGCAUCAAAUAAAGUCUCAUUUUAAUAUUUAAUUAUUUAUAUAUUUAAUAUUUAUAUAUUUAUUUAUUUAUUAUUUAUAUAUUUAUAAUAUAUUUUAAUACUUAAAUUAAAGAAAUGAUCUGUAUAUAUUGCAAACGUUAUAUCAAAAAGUGUAGAUGAGUUAUACAAACUAACUAUUUGAAUAAAAACUGAGACAUUUUUUUAUAUUUCAAAUCCAGCGCUGUAUUUUUAUCACUUCAUUUACAUAAAAGAUGCUUCAAGUAGUGAAUGCAAGGGCAUAUCUUACAGAUUAUGUAUUAUUUGCUAUGUAUGUAUUUAUGUAUGUAGAAACAUAAGCAGUUUUUGGGAGUGACCCUAAGCUUAUUGAAAUUUUGUUUAUUUGAAAGUGAUAUCUGUUUAUAUGAAUCUGUAACGAUGGGUUUUUAUAUUUACUUUGCAAUAUAAUAUUUUAAAUGAUUAUAGGUUUUACUCGUAUUUUGAUGUAUUUUCAGAAAUCUAAAAGUGAAGUGGUUUAGUUUUAAUGAUUUGAAAAAGGUGGUGCAAACAAUUGGAGCUAUGACGAUAUUUGUCUUUAUUUAAUAGUAACAAGUAUAAUCAGGGUGAUCCAACGAUGUUCUGUACAGAACAAAUUAUUCAGUAUCUAUUAGUUUUUGAGUUUUUUUUGUUUGUUGUUAAAUUAAAUUUUUAUAAAUAAAAUCUUCAUGGAUACGUGUUCCAACAUUUUUGUCCUUGUAGGCUCUUAAAAAAGAGGAUCCAAUAAUUGUGUUGUACAUAUCAUACCAGUAAAUUAGCUAUAUUAAUAUUUCUGCUAGUUCGUAUUUUUUUAAUAAAUUUUGAAAACUCCUGGCCCGAUCCUGUGUAUUUUAGUCUAUGUAAUCUUUAAGGCCUAAAUUUAAAUGUUCCGUUAAAUAAUGUAGAGUUUGCGUCAAUGGAUCACUCUGUACAUAACUAAUAAAGCCAAUGCUUGAAACACUAUAGUAAAAAACUUACUAAUGUGAAUACCUCAGAAAUAGAAAACUGUUAAUAGGUUACUUUCAAAUGUUUGCAUCGCCUGAACUAGUAUUAGUGUUACGUAUUUGAGAAAAGAUGAGAUGUGAAAAAGUAUAUUUAAAAAUAGUUUUGUACCAUUUUAACAGGAGAUUCUUACUCUUUUGUAAACUAAUACUAGUUUUUACAAUAUGUUCAUCAAUAUUUCAUAUUUCACCUAUAGAAUGGUGCAUUUCGUUGACUUAUUUUGAAAUAAAAAUGACUGAAUGUUA